GAGCCAGGCAGGGCGGCGCGCGCCUGCGCAGUGCGGGGCUGAAGGCCAAGCCUGACGGCGCGCGUGCGUGCUGGCGUGCGCACUUGCGUGCGUCCGGGUUUAGUGCGGUACAGGCCCGGUGAUCACCGGCGCAGAAGUGCUGACGGAACGAGCCGAGUCUGGCCGUCUGUGGGAAGAGAGGCGAGGUUCAGGUCUUCUACGGUUGCAGUGAAAGUUUCUUGAAAAUCUUGUUUUGAUUGAGUCUAUAAUAAAUACAACAUAAAAAUGGCUUCAAAAAGAGCUCUGGUCAUCCUGGCUAAAGGAGCAGAGGAAAUGGAGACGGUGAUCCCUGUAGAUGUCAUGAGAAGAGCUGGAAUUAAGGUCACCGUUGCAGGUCUGGCUGGAAAAGACCCGGUACAGUGUAGCCGAGAUGUUGUCAUUUGUCCUGAUGCCAGUCUGGAAGAUGCAAAAAAAGAGGGACCUUACGAUGUGGUGGUUCUGCCAGGAGGUAAUCUGGGUGCACAGAAUUUAUCUGAGUCCACUGCUGUGAAGGAGAUACUGAAGGAACAAGAGAAGAGGAAGGGCCUCAUCGCUGCCAUCUGUGCAGGUCCUACAGCUCUGCUGGCUCAUGAAAUAGGUUUUGGAAGCAAAGUUACAACACACCCACUUGCUAAAGACAAAAUGAUGAAUGGAAGUCAUUACAGCUACUCCGAGAACCGUGUAGAGAAAGACGGCCUGAUCCUCACCAGCCGGGGACCAGGAACCAGCUUCGAGUUUGCUCUGAAGAUCGUCGAGGUGCUGGUCGGCAAGGAGGUGGCCGACCAAGUGAAGGCCCCACUGGUUCUUAAAGAUUAAGGUGGAGAGGCUUGAUGAUGGGUCAGAGAGACAGGCCAUUUGUAAUCCAGUCUCAUUGUGUUCACUUUUAAAAGGGGGGGAAGUCAUUGUGCAGAGUAGCUGUCUUCCUCACUCCCUCUCUGUCCAUUUGUGGCUCUGAAAUGACAGCUAUGGAGAGAUUCUGUUGUAUCCUCCCAUUUCUGAGCCUUGAUUGCAGAAUAAACAGGGCCUUUAGCAAACUACUGACUGUUCCUUCUUUUCUCCCUGGUCUCUGUUUUCUUGUGUGAAACCAAGUGGUAUCAGCUUUGUCUGCAGCUCGUAACUAUUGUUCAGUUGUGUCCAACUUUUUGCAGCCUCAUGGACUGUAGCCAACCUGGCUCCUCUGCCCAUGGAAUUCUCCAGGCAAGAAUACUGGAGUGGGUUGCCGUGCUCUCCUCCAGGGGAUAUUCCUGACCCAGGGAUCGAACUCCGGUCUCCUCCAUUGCAGGCAGGUUCUUCACCAUCUGAACCAUCAGCAAAACUAGUAGCUUGUAACUAUUGAUCCAGCUGCUGAAAUAACUGAACAGGGGCCAUGGUUCACACAGCAAGGUGGAAACACAUAAAACAGACGAAAGAGGCUUGUGACUUCUCUGCGAUUCAUUAACUGUAUCCCUGAUGUGCUAUUAAAAAUACCAACGCU